GGGCCUUAAGCACUAGCAAUGGCCUCCCCCUUCUGUUCUUUUAUAUACUGACUUUCCUUCACUUUUCUCUGCAAAUUCACUCAAAACAACAAUCCCCCUUUUCUCUUCCUCUUCAAAACCCAGUUAAGAGAACAUAGAUUAUAUAUAUGGCGAAAGUUGGGAAGCUAACGAAGCUCAAGUCUGCAAUAAAAAGAUGGCCGUCUUUAACGAAACUCACCCGUACAAGCAGCGCCAUAGCGUCCGCUUCAGAUUCUGAGGAUCAGAAGAGAAGUAUUCCGACGGGUCUUCACGCAGUUUACGUCGGGAAGUCACGGCGGAGAUACCUGGUACGGUCGGAGAUCAUCUGUCAUCCUUUGUUUCAAGAGUUGAUCGAUAGGUCCGGUAAUGAAAGUGAAGUCAUUGUGUCUUGUGAGGUUGUUUUGUUUGAACACUUGCUUUGGAUGCUUGAGAACGAUGGGGCGCAAUUGGGUUCCAUGGAAGAGUUGGUCGAGUUCUACACUUGCUAACAAAAGGAAAAUGGUGAUGACGAAACCAGUGUUGAAUUUGUAAAAACAAGGAAAUAAUGGAAAUCAAUUUUUAGUGUAGGAUGAUAUAAUUUUAGUGUUUUGAAUGUUCCAUUGGGGACGAUGAGGAUUAACCCAUAAUUUGAUUUUCAAUCAUGAUCGAUGUUGCUUAUCAAACAAGUUUUAUAGGAAAUUUGUUGUUCUGUUCUGUGUUCUUUUUAAAUGUUCUGUAAGAACUGUUACAACCAAAACUGGUUGAGACUCGAAAAAUGGAAAUUAAAUUUGGUUGUUUUUCAA